UAUAUUGAGGAGUUUGACCAUUUACUAGUUAUGAAUGGUGCCAAACACGGUGUUAGUCUGGUAACGGUAUUCCGGAAAAAAAGAAAUUUGGUGACCAUGGAAUUCCAGCGACAACAUCGGUGGUCUCGGAGGAAUGGCGUGUAGUUGUCGUGUGAAAAUUAUGAUUGUCGAGAGUGUCCGUUCUCCCCAUUGAUUUGGACACAAUAAGAGACUACAUGAAUCACAAGGGUCAACGGGUUCUCGUCGUUUCCCGAUCAGAUUUCAGGCCAGUUGUCGCCGGCCGGCAAUUACCGGUUCGUCGACGACCAAGUAUUACUUUUGCAGCUCUUUAAAACAACCAUUUUUUUGGGGGCUCCAUAGUUGGAUGAGUUUGAACUCUUUGGCUCGGUAUGGAAACUUUGCACGAUGAAUUUAGUCAGACAUCUUCAGCUAUGGAGCCUAAGCAUGUUAAAGCAACUGAUGGAAAAUCAGGGACACCUCCUACCCUUGCUGUUACAGGAGUUAAAGUCUCCCCUUGUGGUAAAACUUUAAGUUCCUCGGACUCUUCCUGCAAUACAUCACCUAACUCUACACUGAAUGGCCCCUUUGGCAAGGCUAAUUAUGAAUCUGAUGAUUACAGUCCUCGUGCUAAUAACUUACCCAAACUUGAUAAGGAUAACAAAUCACGGUUUUCAGACAACAAAAAGCCGGUCUCUGGGAGCUCUACCAUGAGUAGUGAACCCUUAAACCAUGAAGUGUCACCUUCCAUGUCACAGUCCGAAACGACUCAGUAUAAUUCCAGCUCAAUGUCUGGCAAUUUGUCAACCACAGAAUCACCUCCCAAGCAAGUAAUGGAACACUCCACAAACAAAUCUUAUAGGAUCCCUUCUUCAGUGUUUGCUAGAGAUGAAUCUUCAAACCCAGCAGAGUGGAGUGGAGCUUCUCAUGAAUCAUUAUUUAGCAUUCACAUGGGAACUAUGAGUUUUACCAAAGAUGCUAGUUUUUGGCAGUCGGGUGAGCUAGGAACUCCUCAAUACUUCCCCAGAUCCCCUGCCAUGUGUGACUUCUCUCCUUGCCAGUCAAGUUAUGAGAUGGAAAUGGCUGAACUGGAGGUCUCUAGGGGAAAUGAAGAUCUAAAUCAUGAAAGAUCUCCUGCUGAUAGACAUAUUUCUCAUAAUUCAUUGGGAAGUGGAACAAGUACAAUGUCUUUUGCAUUUCCAGUGCUGGCAGGGGAUCUGGAUAAAAAUUAUUCACAGCGCAUGGCUGCUGCUCCAAUUAAAUCUAGCCCAGAGCAGAAGCAACCUCAGUUCGAAUCACCAGAGCUGCAUACAGAAACGCUGCCUCAAUCAGAACCAAAGACUCCGACAGCAACUGAAAAUGCAGGGAAAACAAAUUGGUUUCCUUGCUUCUCAUGCUGCUCUUUGGGUUCCUAGGAUUGCUUUCCUAAUAGUCCCUUUGUUAGCAAUGAAUCUUCAUGGUUUUAAGUGAUGAGUUUUACAGCAGGUUGGUUGCAUGGUUCAAGGAAUAAUACAAUUAGUCUAGAAGUGCUGGUGGGUGUUAAAGCAAGGAAGCGAUCCUCAUAAACCUCCUUCCCAAGUCAGGAUGAGGUGCAUACCUGGCGAGUUUGGUAGUAAAGGAGUAACAGCAAUCAUAAAAAGGACUUAAAGUUCGAAUUGGUUGGAGAAUGGCAAUGAACAAAGCAAUGACAAAUUAAUUUUGUUUGACAGUUCUACUUUGAUGCAUUUGGUAACGCAUGAUGACAUGAUCAUCCAGUUUACUGGUGUGUCCUUUGGGGAGUUGUGUGUUUGGUCCAAGAGUUCUAAUUACAAGAUUUAUGAAGGUCUUCAUCAAAAAACUUGCUUCCAUUUAUGAUGCUUGUGUCAAGUGUAAAUAAGCAGGAGCCUUUUUUCCAGAUUUUGUUUGAUGCUGAUGGGUCAGAAAUUAGAGACGUACAUUUUUGUAAGUUUCCCCCAUCCAUUUUUUGACAAGCAGUGUAGAUGAAGUUCCUGAUUGAUUAUCGGUUAGUUGUAAAUCAAACGUUUCACUGUAAUAGAGAAGGAGAAAUCUUGUUUCUUCCUA